AUGAAUAAUCAACUAGUUAAUGAAAGUUAUGACUUCGACACUAUGGCAGCUUGCGCUGGGUAUAUUAUCAUUCAUUCUUUACUGAAAAAGAAAAUUCAGAAGAAAAAAAGGAAAUCUCCACGCUGGUGGAUGACUUCUGCAUUAAAAAGUAGGGAGAUAUACAGUGCAACUGAUUUUCUACACGAUUUAAAUAAAGAAGACGGGGCAAAUUUCAAUAAUUUUUGUAGAAUGAGUUCAAGUACAUUUAACAAUCUACUUAAAAUGAUCUCACCUAGUAUUGAAAAACAAGAUACCAAUUAUAGAAAAGCAAUCCCAGCUAAUAAAAGAUUAGCUAUAACUCUUCGAUAUUUAGCUACUGGAGACUCGUACAUAUGA